AGAUACCCCGUGCGUCCCGUUUGUUUUCCCCGAAACUGUUGUGCCGCGCCGUUGUUUACGUUUCAGUUGUUACUCGUUUGCCCGCCUCCGUCGUGGUGCACGUCCUGUGUUCCGCGCUCGUCGUCCCCGCCGGUGUAACGUACGCACUAUAUUUACGUAACAAAGAAUACGCGAUCGAACGUAAACAACGACGGCGGUGAUAUUUUUUUCGUCGUCGUGCGAACCGUUUGUUGCGGCCGCUAAGACGGACACCGCGGGAUUGCCGUCCGUGCCGCUGCUGCCGUGUUGGACGACGUCUGCUUCUGGACUUUCUUGUUCGUGUCCAAGGGAAAACUGAUAUAAUAAAAUGACAGCCAUGGAGAAUGAAUCUGCAGAUGGGAAUGUUUCACCAAAGAAGAAAUUAAUUCGUAAAGGCAAAACUGCACUUGCUCGUGUUCUUUUAUUAGACGGCUCAUAUUUAGAUAUUCAAAUUGAUAGAAAAGCUAAAGGGCAGGAGUUAUUGGAUCAAGUAUGUGACCAGUUAAAUCUAUUAGAACGUGAUUAUUUUGGAUUAUCCUUUGAAGACCGACGUGAUUCUCAUAAUUGGCUUGAAAUGGAUAAGCGCAUAGGAAAAUUUUUAAAAACUGAGCCGUGGUUGUUUAACUUUGAAAUGAAAUUUUAUCCUCCUGAUCCCAACCAACUCCAAGAAGAUAUAACUCGUUAUCAAUUAUGUUUACAAAUCAGAAACGAUAUUCUUAAUGGAAAAUUACCAUGUUCAUUUGUCACUCAUGCACUUUUGGGAUCUUACUUGGUUCAAUCUGAAUUAGGAGAUUAUGAUAUUGAUGAACACAAAAAUAACAUUGAUUAUUUAAAAGAAUUCAAGUUUGCUCCAAAUCAAACACAAGAGCUUGAAGAAAAAGUUAUGGAACUCCAUAGAACACACAAAGGUCAAACACCAGCAGAAGCAGAGUUAAAUUAUUUAAACAAUGCCAAAAAAUUGGCUAUGUAUGGUGUUGACUUGCAUCCAGCUAAAGAUUCUGAAGGAGUAGACAUAAUGUUGGGAGUAUGUUCAUCUGGUCUACUUGUCCAUAGAGAUAGAUUACGCAUCAAUCGAUUUGCAUGGCCUAAAAUAUUGAAAAUUUCAUAUAAACGUAAUAACUUUUACAUUAAAAUUCGUCCAGGAGAAUUUGAACAACAAGAAGCAACUGUUGGUUUUAAACUACCUAAUCAUAGACUUGCUAAAAAAUUAUGGAAAACAUGCGUUGAACAUCAUACAUUCUUUAGAUUAAUGACUCCUGAGCCAACACAAAAAUUAGGAUUGUUCCCCCGUUUGGGUUCCCGAUUCCGUUACUCAGGUCGUACUCAUUAUGAAUCUAAAAAAACACCAAUCGAGAGACCUGCACCAAAAUUCCAAAGAAGCUUAAGUGGUAGAACAUUAACUUCUAGAAGCAUGGAUACUUUAGGAGGAACUAGACACUUGGGAGAAGAUUUUGGUAUGGAACCUGAGUCUAAAAGACAUACAAUGUCUCAUCCCCCUGAUCGUGUUGCUGACAUAGACAAUAAUAUCGGAAAAAGUGGAAAACCUAAUAAAAGUGAUAAGAAAAAGCUUAAAGAAAAAGUGAGUUUAAGUUCUCAUGACAGUUCUAUAACAGAGGAAGGCAAUUACGAGGCUGAACGGAGCAGCUCAGACACUCAUAAGCCUAAGAAACCAAUUGGAGGAAUAGCUGUAUUACCAACAGGAUCAUUUAAUUUCAUGAGAAGAAAAAAAGAUAAUAAUGUUACCAACAUUUCAAAUGGAAUUGGUGGUGAAGAAGAUGAUGAAAAAGAAAAUCAUGAAACUUCACCUUCUAUUAAAACUACAAGUUUUAUGACAAAAGAACGUGAAGCCUUAUCUGCAAAUGACACCAAUACAAGUGCAGAUAUUUCUGGCAUAAAUUCAUUAGAUACUUCAAAAGCAGAUUCUACUAAGGAAAGUGGAAAGAAUAAAUUAAAGAGUCCUGGCGGUAUUUUUAGCAGUUUUAGUUUAAAAUCUAAAAAAUCUAAAGAGAAAUUGAAGGCUGAUAAUAGCUUAGAUACAAGUGCUGAACCUGAAUCCCCUAAAGGACUAGACAAGUUUAAAUUAAAAACUAAAAAAGAUUUAAAAAAACCUAAAAAAGAAUCCAAAACAAGUCUUAAGUCUGUUGAUAGUACUUCUACCAAUUUAUCAUCAAAUGCCACUUUUGCUGACCGUUCAUUGGCUGAAACUACUGUUAACGUAUCUGCUAUUUCUACGUCCCCUAGUUUUACUAAAACGUAUGAUUAUACAGAGGAUGAACAUGGUGUUACUAAAAAACGCAAACCAGUUGGUGGGUUUACGUAUGAAAGUAAUAUACAAAAGUCUAAAGAAAGUAUUUCAGAAAUUCCAACAUCACCGAGCAAAAGAGCACAAGGACUAGCAUUUAACUAUGCACCAGGAGAAGGGAAAAAAGUUGCGGAAACUGCUGCUGAAAAAAGAAAGACAUUUAUGGAGAAAAUUGCUACUGAUAUUAAAACACCAGGUAUUAACUAUGUGCAAUCUGCUGCGAACAAAGAAGAAUCUGUUAAAAAAGAACCUAAAAUUAGUGCUGAGACAAAAUUGGAUCACAAAACAAGCGUUGAGAAAAAAUUGGAUCAAAAAACAAGUGUUGAAUCAAAAGUAGAACCUUCUGAUGAAAUCAAGUUUACCAAGACUGUAUUGGAGAAAAAAGUUACCUCAGCCAAUGCUGAAACUAUAGUUGAGACUGAGAAGAAAAAAAUUGAUCCAAAAUCAGGUAUUUUUAACAAAAAACCAAAAGAAAAUGAUAGUGGUAAAGGUGUAUUAGGUAAAGCUAUGGACAAAUUAGGCUCUUUUGGAAAGGGAUUCAAGGAUAAAACUGAAGUAGAUGUAAAAAAAGAGUCGUUAGACUUUAUAGAAAAUGAAAAAAAAAUGUAUGAAGAUGAUAAACCUACAGGUGUUAAUACUGCACCUUUGAUUGUUAAAACUACUACCAAACAAACAAUGAUCAAGGAUAAAGAGGGUGUUACUCAAAAUAUUGAGGAAAAAGUUGAAGAUUUAAUGUCUGGUGAAGUUACUGUAUCAACUCAGCACAAUAAGGCUGAAGGUCUGGAUACUACUGCUCCUACUACUACUUCUGGUAGGCCUCCGUAUGUAAAGGCAACUGCUGUGACUACCCGAACAGCCACUACUCAUCAGGAUUUAGAAAAAAAUUCUAAAACAAGUCAGGUUGAAGAAAAAACUGUAGCACAUACAACAACAACCAGUGGAACUCGCCAAGAGCAAAGAACUGUUACACAAGAAGUAAUUUCUACAUCAACUAUUCUAGCACCAGAAUCAAAAGUCGAGCUAAAUAGAGCUUCAAGUAGUUCAAGUCUUAGCUCGAAUGAUUCAGGUACACCAAUUGACAUCGAAGGUCCAUUAGAUGAGUCUAAUAAUAUAGGAUAUUAUAAUAGCAAUUUUCAGGAUGAGUUCAAGGCCGAACAUGCAACGGCUGGAUUGAACACAGCUGAAGAGCGACAUAACAUAAACAUCACGGCUAACGAUAAGUCAUAUACACUUACUGGAGAGAUUAUUUCUACACAGGCCAUUUCUAGCAAAACUCGUACUGUUGAAACUGUAACUUACAAAACUGAAAAAGAUGGCGUAGUUGAAACAAGAGUUGAACAAAAAAUAACCAUACAGAGUGAUGGUGAUCCAAUUGAUCAUGACAAAGCACUAGCUGAUGCCAUACAAGAAGCUACCGAAAUGAAUCCUGAUAUGACUGUAGAAAAAAUUGAAAUACAACAACAACAAACAUAAUCAACUUGUAAAGUUUUUAUUUUAAUUAUUU